AUGGUUCGCGCUUUCGCCAUACGAGGUCUCCAAACGCAACUCAGGAUUUGCCUACGACUCCUGCAAACUCUGCAAAAAAAAUAGAUAGUUGGGACUUGUGAAAGAAAGAAGAAAUGAGUACUAGUGCACAAAUUAGUGCAAGAAUAAUUCUACAAUAGAAAACAAAUCCAAAAAAAGAUCACUGUUAAAAGAAAGGUAUCUGAAAGAUGGGUUGGCAAUUUGAAGUUGCUAAAAUGUUUAUGUAUGUAUCAUUUCCUGUGGGAAUAUUUUAUUAUUUUAAUCAACCAAAUAAUUUUGAAGAGUGGGUAAUAAAAACGAAGAAAGAGUAUUUUCCAGCUCAAAGUAAACAGAUAUUUGAGCAAGUGGACACAUUUAUUUAUGAUUAUAAUGCUACAGUUGAGAAAAAACGUUUGGAAAAGAUGGAAAAGCAGUAUAAAAGCGAAUCAUGAAAAAUAUAUCAUUGUAAUAUCUGUAUUUAUAUGUUGUUAAUUGUAUAUUGUAAAUAUCUUAAUAUAAUAAUUAAUAAUGAGGAGAUUGAUAGAGCUCUA